AUGGACGACUGGAAAAUAGCUUUCGAAAGGGGACUGCAAGAGGAAAUAUUUGUACAAGCUGUCAAAUCUUUUCCCAAUAACGAACCUGAUUUUAGUCAUGAAUUUGUUCAAAUAUCUCAAAAUACUAGGUCUCCACAAGGGCCUCAAGCUUAUCCAAAUGGGGCAGACUUACACAUAGGUCCAUCUGAGCAUCAACCAAUGGUGGACUUUGAUGUCACAUGCAACGGAGGGAACAUUGUUAUUACUGGUCAAAGUGACAUUCCUGUUAUAGGUUCAGAAAAGAACAUAAAAAAGAUAUCUCCAUUACUUAGUCCAGAGUUUCUUCCACAACUUUUUGGAAUGAAGCUCAAUGAUGUUGCAAAGUGCCUUGGUGUUAGCCGAACUAUGUUGAAGCGCGUCUGUAGGAAGCAUAAAAUUUGGAAAUGGCUAUUUCACAAAGGAAAGAUGGUUGGUAACGACCUUCCUAAGCUGAAUCGUGGAAAUGAAUCUAUACGAAUAGAAUCAAUUCCAUCAGCACCAUAUUGUGUCCCAAAUACUCUAGUUUCCAUGCAACCUAGAACUUCAGUUGGACAACUGCUCACCGAGCUUACACGAUGCUUAGAAUUUUUGAAGUGCCUCCACGUUUCAGAACAAGCAGAAGUAGUCCUAGAAUCUAGUGAGGCAGUCCUGCCUCCUGAGCAUGGAGAGUCUUCUAUUGCUCAUACUAUGCCACAUGUUGCAGCAAUGCAAGAUAUGAAGACCUUUCAACAUAAAGGCAACACAUAG